GGACGUGCAGCAGUCAUUUCCAAUCUACAUAAGUGUGACGCUGCUGUUUUGCCACAUACCUGUGUGUACACAGCCCCUUUUCGUAGGCAGAGCGGCGCGCAGAGGGAGGCCUGUUCACAGAAUCGGCCUUCGCUGAGUUAACGAGUUUCGACGUGUAGUUUUCGAAAUCGGUACUUGCUGGCUGCUGCACUUGGCACUUGCCAACCCCUGAUGGAGAGCGGUUUCUGCCUGUCCUGUGUCAUGAGCUGCGACCUAGCAUUCAUUGCCUUCUGAAGAUUUACAUUGCUGAUUGCACCGCUUGUUGGUUCCUUGUUUGUUUCAUUCUUGUUUGUGCAGCUGAUUGGACUUUGCUCAAGAUCACAUCUGAAUCUGCGGGUUCACCUUUCACUCUGAUGGUUGAGGUGGCUGAGGCGGAAGAAUAUGAGAAAGGAUAUGGCUCAGGACCACAAGGAACCAGAGAGGUGAACUUUUGCUCCAUUCGGUUCAAUCCAUUCGUGUCCUUCUUCUCGGCUGUGUGUCUAUGGUGCUUUGUCCUCUAUGCCGUUUUGGAUCCCGAGUCGGAUGCGGUGUUUGGCGAGUGGAAGAACUGGGUCACAAGUACUUUCACGUGGCUUUACAUUGGUUCCCAGGACUAUUGGCUGCUCUACCUUUUUCCCUUGGUUUACUACUAUGGCGACAUGAAACUUGGAAAGGAUGAUGAGGAGCCAGAAUAUGGUGACUUGACAUACUUGGCCAUGGUUUGGUGUGCUGGAGUUGCAAUUGGACUCAUCUUCUACGGAGCAUCUGAGCCUUUGAUACAUGCGACGGAUGGUAACAAUCGCCAUAACAAUGAUGGGUACUCCAACGACAACCAGAAGGCAUUGUAUGGGUUGCACCUCACAAUGUUCCACUGGGGUUUCAUGGCGUGGAUUGUGUACUGCUUGACAGCUCUCACUAUGGGCUUUUUGGCGUACAGGAGGGGGUUGCCCCUUUGUUUCCGUACCACACUUGCUCCUGUGCUGGGAAAGGCAACUUGGGGUUGGAUUGGUGAUCUGCUGGACAUUGUAACGAUCGUCACCAUUGUGGCCGGAUUGACAACUUCCCUUGGUCUGGGAGCUCGACAGAUUGUUUCCGGCUGCCAACGUUUGGGCUGGCUGAGUGGAACCUUGACUGAUAGCGAGCUCACAAAUGCAGCAUGCUGGAUCAUUGGAAUCAUCACUCUGUGCGCCACUGCAUCUGUUGUGGCAGGUUUGGAGUUCGGAAUCAAGUCUGUUUCGUACGUAGCAUUUAUGCUUGGAAACUUCUUGAUCUUGGUGGUCUUCUGCCUUGAUGAGCCUUGGUAUAUCCUGAAUGUCUUCGUGGCCACGAUCGGAUUCCACCUACAAAACUUUUUGGAGACAGCCUUUGACACAGAUGCCUUUGCCCAGUUGGGUGUCGGAAAUGGCCAGCCGAAUGACGGAAAGGGCGCAAAUCCUGCCUGGAUGGAUUGGUGGACCAUCUUCUACUGGGGUUGGUGGAUUGCUUGGGCACCAUUUGUGGGAACUUUCAUGGCCCGUGUCUCCCGUGGUCGCACGAUCCGUCAGGUUGUUUUGUACACACUCACCAUUCCUUGUGGCUAUGCUUUCAUUUGGUUUUGCACCUUCGGGGCAGCUGCCAUUCGCAUGGAUCGACGCGCAACAUGGUUGGCUGAACUUGGAAGCGAGCUUCACAACAACAGGGACUACUUCUUGCACACUGACCUCACCUUCCGUCCAGCCAGUGCUGGCAAAUGCUAUGAUGUGCCUGCAAGUCUUCCGAGCAUCACAGGAUAUGAAGUGAAUCCAUAUGUGAGCCCCGUCUGCAACUUUGCCAGUGGUGACAGCAAUGGCUACUGGUUUGACCUGAUGAGUCAGUACUACGGCAUGGGUCAAUUCCUGACUUUCGUGUCCAUUGUGACGACGGUGUUGUACUUCAUCACUUCAUCUGACAGUGGCUCCCUUGUCGUGGAUUUGAUUGCUGCGAACGGUCGGGAGGCGCAUGUGGUGCAGCGAGUAUUCUGGGCCUUGACAGAGGGUGCUGUGGCAAUUGCAACGGUUGCAUCGGGAGGUUUUUCCUCUCUGACCGGGCUGCAGGCAGUUUCCAUCGUGAUGGGCUUGCCUUUCACAUUCAUCCUCAUGGUCAUGUGCACGUCAUUGUGGCGUGCACUCAAGCUUGAAGCGGGAGACAUGCCACCAAUCAACCGGCGAACAGAUUGGGCUUUGCCUUUGUACGGUGGGGUCGUUGAUUUCCCGGAGUUUCUUCUGACCUGUGGACGAUGUCCUAUGCCCUCCAAGAAAAGCAUUUGUGCUUUCUUCACUGCCCUACUCUUUCCGGGGUAUGCUCUCUUCAAGGCACUGAACGGUCUAGCAUCCCAUGAGCAGAAACCAAUGCCCAUGGUGGUGAGAAUGAUCUUGGCUAAGAUGACCCAGCUGCUCUUUACCGCUUUCGUUGCCCUCCACAUUGCUGCCGCCGUAUAUGAGGGAGAGCAGCUGCGCAUCGAGGGACGUGGACUGUGGUCUUUCGGUUGGAUUUGCUACAUUUCCAUGGCUGGAUUUGUGGCUUUGGGCCGCCAUCAGAUUCGACGUCUCUACUCCAUUGAAGGCUCUGGCAUGGAGGAUUUCUGGGCUGCCCUGCUGCUCUACCCACAAGCCCUUGCCCAGAUCAUGUUGCAGAUUGAACAGACGCCUGUUCCUCAAGACUACAAGAAGCCUGACAAGGCGGGGAGGGAUCUGCACAGUUUGUCACCAGAGCAGUUUGCAUCCUACCAGGGUCGCCAAGAUGAGUCGGAGAUGAGGGGUAUCGCAUCGAUCUGA